GGCCUGUGACGCCUCAGUAUCGCUCGCAUUCCACGCCACAUGCAUAGCUAGCUUUUCGGGGAGUAGCCAAGUGGCGCAGUGGCGAUGGCAGCCGAUCUGCUGGUCAUGCUGGAUGGGCUGAGGGCCACCAGGGAUGCCGACAGCUGCCUGCGCGGGCUCAACCUGUUUCGCAAGGGCCUGCGGGCCGAGGAGGGCCCCGCAUUCCUGGCGCGCUACCUGCGGCAGUCGCCGGACUGGCAGGAGCUGCAGGCGGUGUGGGACACGCAGCUGACGGUCCAGCACUACCACGUGACUGUGACAUUGCUGCUGGUGCUGGCAGAUGCACUGGGGGUGGCCACUGCCGCGGCCUCGCAGCCGUCGGGCGGCGAGCAGGAGCAGCAAGCUGCGGUGCUGGCGGCGGGCGCUGCCAGCCUGGCAGGCGCUGUGCUUCACCGCCGCCUCAAGGCCCUCUACUUCAACCUUUCUUCCGACAUGCGCGGCAAGGCCAAUGCAGCGCUCGCACUGCUCACCGCAGUUGCAGCCGUGCUGCAAGUGCUCCAGAGGCGGGUGCUUGCUGCCAAGGCCGGCGUGCCGGCGGCGGUGCAGGCAGACGUGUUUUCGGAUGCGGCGCUGCAGCAGCUGGCAGCCGUCUCGGCUGACGCGCCUACAGAGGGUGAGGAUGGCGAGGGGCCUGGCAAGGAGGGGGAGGAAGCGGCAGCCGCAGCUGCAGCCGCAGCAGCUGCGGCAGGAAGCAGCAGCGACGCGGCCGAGCGCCAGCAGAGCCGCCAGGCGGCGGCGGCAGCCCUGCAGGUGUUGACGGCGGUCGCCUGCGAGCCAGCCCAUGGGCUGGCUGCCGCUGCAGCGCCGGCGGCCGCGGGCGGGCCUUUCGUGCUUGGCGACGCCAGCAGCCGCCAGCUGCAGCCGGGGCAGCGCCGCCUGCUGCGCCUGCUGCUGCGCCUGCGCCCCGCCGACUCCCCAGCCCACCUGCAGCUCCUGCUGGCGGCAGCCGCAGCAGACGCGGAGCUGGCGGCGGCGCUGCUGCUGGCCCUGCCUUACAGCCUGGAUCCAGGCGCAGCGGGCGCAGCGAGCGGCAGCGCGGCCGCCGGCCGCUGGUUUGCACACACGGCCGUGGCCGCGCGCCUGCUGCAGCUGCUGCCGGCGUCGGCGCCGCCUGGGCUGUCGCUUCUGGCCGGCGCCGGCGCCGGCGCGCCGGCCCCCGGCGGCCGCCGCGUGCACUGCCUGCUGCGCUGCUGCUUCCCGCCCUGCCUGCACAAGGCGGCGCUCAGCCGCGGCCUGCAGCACACCAAUGCUCUGGUGCGGCACGGCACACUGGCCCUCCUCGCCGGCUCCCUGUCCGCGCUGGAAGCGGUGCUACAGGACUGCUCUGCAGCAGCGGCUGCGGCGGCUGCGGAGACCACCGGCUGCCUUGGCUCCGAGAGCGCGGCCCCACAGCAGCUGCCUGGGGCGCAGCGGCGGCGGCAGGGCUGGCUGGCGCUGCGCGGCUGGCUGCAGCAGGCGGCGCGGCAGCACCUGCCUGACCCCACCCUGCUGCUGGCGCUGCUGGCGGCGGCGGAGAAGGAAGGAUGGGAACGGGCCAACGAGCUGCAGCUGACUGCCGUGCUGCGCGUGCUGCUGCUGUGGCAGCGCCUGCUGCCCUCGGGGCUGGCAGAUGCGCACGUGGAUGCCGAGAGGCUGAUGCCGCAGCAGCCGCUGCCGCUGCGCCCCCAGCACCAGCUGCUCCUGCUGGAGCUGCUGACAGCCGCGGCGGAUGCCGUCGCUGCCUCCGCAACCGCCGGCAGCGAUGCAGAGCAUGCCGUGCAGGCUGCGACCGUGGCUGCGGCGGCGGCGGCGCUGCUGCCGCCUCUGCGGCUGCUGGUGGGGCCGGGCGUGGCGCCGGCGGUGCGGGCAGCGGCGCGCAGCUGGCUGCUGCGUCGGCUGCUGGCUACAGGUGCCUUCAGCAGCAAUGUGGAGGAAGCGGUGCUAUGGUUGGAUGUUCUGCCCAGGGGCGGCAGCAGCAGCGAGGCACUGGCUGGCUUCCUGUCUGAGGCGGUACAGCUGCUGCUGCGCCGCCCUCACGAGCUGUACGAGCAGCAGCAGCAGCUGCUGGGCGCCGCAGCUGCAGCAGCAGGGGCCGACGCAGGUGUGCACCAGCAGCUGCAGCAGCCGCAGUCCAGCCUGCUGGCGCCCUGCGCCCUGCGCCAGCUGCUGCGAGUGCUCCCCUCUCUCAAGAUUGCGGCAGGGGACAAGGCAGCAAUGGCUGCCUACGUGGCAUCCGUGCUUUGCCAGCUGGCGCAGCAGCAGCUGGGCGCCGGCGCGGCAGCGGGCCUGUCGGCGGUGCUGCUGGGGGUGGUGCGGCAGGAGGCGGCCCGGCGGCAGCAGGGGCCGCAGCAGCAGGCGGCUGAUGGCUCCGCUGACAAGCAGAGCAAGAAAGACAAGAAGCGGAAGCAGGCGGGCGGCGCAGACGGCGGGGCGGCGGCAUAUGGUAAUGGAGCAACCGUGCCUCUGCUGCUGCUGCCACCAGAGGGGCGCCCCCUGCUGGCUCUGCUGGCGGUGCUUGAGCAGCAGCAGGAGGGUGGCCAGCUGGCAGGCGGUGAGCAGGCUCAGAAGAAGAGGAAGCAGAGCAAGCACGCGGCAGAUGCGGCGGGCGGGGGGCAGGGGGCGGCGCCUGUCUCGGCCCCAGCUUCAGCCAUGGUGCAGGCCAAUGGAAGCAUGGCAGGCGAUGCCGAGGCAGUGGCAGCAGCCGAGGCUGGCGCAGCAGCAGUGGGCGCCUGCUGCCAGCUGAUCAGCCAGCUGGCGGCCAGUUCUGGCGGCAGCGCAGAGCUGCUGGCGGGUAUUCAGCAGCACCUGGCUGGCAGCAGCGGCAGCGGCAGCGGCGCAGGCACCUGCAGUGCGGUGAUGCGGCAGUGUCUGCACUUGCUGGAGGCUGGGGGAAGCAGGUGUGGCGCUGCUCAGCUAGGGCUGCUGCAGGUGCUGCAGGCAGCCGUGCUGGCGGGCGGCGGCGGCCGGCAGGAGCAGCGGCGGGAGCAGCGGCGCUGCCUGCAGCUGCUGGCCGAGAGUAGCCUAGUGGCCCGGGCGCUUGGCGGCGGCGGUGACACUGACAUCAAGGUGCAGCAAGCGCUGGCAUCUACUGUUGUGCAGCUGCUGCGGCACAUCCAGCCAGCAGCCGGCGGCAGCAGUGCCAGCAGUACAGCCGUGUGCCUCCCGCUGUUGGAGCAUGUAGCGUCAGCAUUCUCUCAUCAGUUGCAUGAUUCCAGGCAGGCUGCUGAUCAAACCGAUGACAGCAGCAGCAGCCCACCAGCGGCGAUCCAGCGCCUCCUGCUUCUGCUGCCCGGCAUGCCGGCGACUGCACUAGAUGACGCUGCAAGCACGCUGCUAGCUGAGCUUUCGCCGGCAGAGCAGAGCCAGCCCAUUGGAAGCAGCAGCAAGAAGAAGAAGAAGAAGAGCGCCAGCCAGGAGCCAGGAGAUGGACAGGCAGCACAGCCGCCUUGGCUUGGCGCAGCAGCCGCUGCCGUGCUGCAGCAUCAGCUGUCGUCUGGCAGCUGGGACCAGCAGCAGGGCCAGCUGGAGGCGGCAUGCGGCACCCUGCUGCACUUGGCAUGCGCCCCUGCAGCAAGCACUGCCGGCAGCGACGUCGUGGGCGCAGCAAUGAGCUGCCUGCUGCAGUUGCUAAAAUCCCGGAGCCAGCAAGCAGCAGCCCUGGCAGCGCUGGGUGGCAGCGGGCAGGCACAGCUGCUACGGACCUGCUUGGGGCAGGCGGCAGCUGGCGGCAGCGGCAACCUGGAGGCCUGCAGCCAGCUGGCCGCCCAGUUGGUCCAGGUCAGCAGCGAUUGCCGCCAGCUGGCAGCAGCAGAGGUGCUGCCUGGCCUGCUGAGUGGCGGAAGCACAGCUGCGCUGGCGCUGGCCCUGCCUGCAGUGGCAGUGUGCUUGCAGCAGCAGCAGCAGCAGCAGCAGGGGGAGGAUGGUGGCUGUGCGCCAGCCGGUCCAGCUGAGACUGCGCUGCUGGCUGCCCUCAGCGAGCAGCUCCUGGCAUUCUUCGCUCCUGAUGGCAGCAGCAGCGGUGGCGGGCAGCAGAAGGAAAAGAAGAAGAAAACGCGGAAAGGCGAGGCAGCGGAUGGCGAUGCAGCAGCAGCAGCGACCAAGCUGGUGUUAGAGCAGCACGCGCUGCCCUGCCUGCGCCUGGUGCUGCAGCAGCGGCCGCCGGCCGCGCCGCAGCGGCAGGCGCUGCUGCAGGCGCUGCUGCCGUCCCAGGGCUUGGCGGUGACGCCAGCGGCAGGUCCUGGCAGCCCUGCCGCCCUCCCUGGCCCUGGCACUGCUGAGAAGGCGGAGGCGGCGGCGCUGCUGCUCACCGCCGGCGGCGCUGCAAGCGUGCAGGAGCUGUCUGCCUGCGUGCGCUGCUUUGCAGCCACACUGGCUGCCCUCCUCAAGCUGCCGGCUGGGAGCUCAGACCUGGAGAGCCGCCUGCUGCAGCUGCUGGAUGGGCCUGUGGGAGACGCGGUGGCGGCCCUGCCCGCCGCCCAGCGCAGCUGCGCCGCCUUUGCCGAGCUGGCGUCAGCCGUGGCAGGCACCCUGGGCACAGCCGUGCUUCGGCACCGCCUGGCAGCGGCAGCAGGCAGCGGCAGCGAGGCGGCCCAGGGGGCGGAGGCGGCCGGCGUGGCCGCGCUGCGCGUGCUGCGCCGCUUCCUGGCGGCUCUGCUGCCGGAUGAUGAGGAGGAGGGCGGCGCGGCGGAUGGGGAGAGCGACAGCAGCAGCGAGGAUGGGAGCGACAGCGAGGGCGAUGUGGAGAUGCGAGACGGGCCGCAGCGGCAGCAGCGGCAGGGGGCGGUGGGCAACCCGGAGGCCGCCUCGGCGGCGCUGCAGCUGCUGCAGCGGCUGCUGGGCCACAGCCGCUUCCUGCCCGCCAUGCGCGCCACCGCGGCAUGCCCGCCGCCGCUGCCGCCGCCCGCUCUGGCGCUGCCGCGCCCGCUGGCCUCGCUGCUGCCGCUGGCGGCGGCUGCGGACGACGCCGUAGCGCUGGAGGGGGUCCCAGCAGCGGCAGAAGUGAAGAAGGAGCUGUGCGAGCUUCUGGAGACUCUGCUGGAUCUGCACCAGCAGUACAGCGGCGGUACAGCUGGCAGCCGGACGGUACCGCAGCAGCAGCGGCAGCAGGAGCAGGAGCUUGUGGAGGGGGCGGAAGCUGCAUUGCUGCCGCUGCUGAUGGCGGGCUAUGGCGCCUCCUGCUCCCCCGCCGAUGCCGCCGCCUGGAGCCUGGCCGCCGCCAUCAACCGGCGCCAGUGGGAGCGGCGUGGCGGGCAGGAGGGCGGCGAGGCCGAGGCUGCAGCGGCGGCGGCGGCAGCCGAUGGCGAUGGCGACAUGGCGGCGCUUGCCGCGCUGCUGCACGGGCCCCUCGGCAGCACCGGCUUCGCUUGGGGGCCCGCCGCGGCAGCCCUGCAGCAGCUGCCCGCGCCGGCCGCCGGCGCCGGCGAGCAGCAGCAGCAGCAGCGGCGGCGGGAGCGCGCCCAGUUGCUGCAGCAGCGCCUACCUCUGGACCCCGCCCGAGCCGCCCUCACCGUCUGCCACUGGCCAGAGGGCUGCUCCCUGGCAGUACCGGGCAGCUCCGGCGACGGCGACGGCACUGGCAGCGACGCCGGCGGCGCCCCGGAGCAGCUGCCCGCCGCCGCAGCAGCCUACGACCCCGGCUUCCUGCUCCCCUUCUGCUGCGCCUGCCUGCGGCAGCAGCUGCUGCCGCCGCGUGCCUUUGCAGAGGCCGGAUUGCUGUCAGUGUGCCUGCGGGGCCUGGCUGCCGCCGACCCCGGCUGCCGCGCCGCAUCCUACCAGGCGCUGGCGCUGUUUGAGGCGCAGCUGACGGGAGCGGCGGCGCCCGACUUCCGCGAGAUGCAGCAGCUGAGUGUGCUGCUGGGCGCGCUGCGUGCCGCCGUCACCCGCCCCUUCCAGCGCCUCCCCGCUGUGCACGCUGUGUUCCUGGCGGAAGCAGCCCUGCUGGCGCUGCACCCCGGUGCCGCCAUGUACCCCGCUGUCAACAAGCACCUCACGCGCCGGGCGCUGCUGAGCAUCACGGAUGUGCCGAUGCUGGGCCAGCUGCUGCUGUCUGGCGGGCAGCAGCACGCCGCGGACCGGCGCUGGAUGCUGCAGCUGCUGGUGGCGGGGCUGCGUACCGCUGACGAUGCCGGGCUGUACCGCCGCCAGCACGCAUUCGAGCUGGCCAUGAGCCUGCACGACUCCUGCGUGGCCGACCCUGCGGCGUCAACCCUGGCGCUGCGCCUGGUGUGCACAGCCACCUUCAUCCCCCGGGCCGCCCGCCAGCUGGCACAAGAGUCUGGCCUCAUCCCCUGGCUGGCCGCUGCAGCAGGCUCUGCGCUGCAGUGCCUGCUGUCCCCUGACGAUCAGCAGCGGCGGGCCGGAGGUGGCAGCCUGGCAGCGGUAGGCGACGAGGCGCUGGCGGCGCCGCUGCAGGCGCUGCGCCGCCUGCUGCAGCUGCGGACGGUGAUGCGGGGCAGCGGCGGCGCCGCGGCCGCUCGCCAGAUGGUGGCGGCUGCGCACCAGCUUGCCGCGGCAGCGCUGGCGGCUGUCGGCGGGCCCGGCGCCGUGCCAGCAGCAGCGUCCGUGUGCCGCCAGCUGCUGCCGCUCCUGCUGGAGGUGCGGCAGCUAGGGGCUGGCAGCCACGCACAGGCCAGGCACCUGCAAAACGGGAGCGGCAGCUUGGCGGCGCUGGCGACCGCCGUGGAGGCGCUGCAGCAGGCGGCUGGGCUGAUGGGCACCAAACGCAAGGCCCCAGAGGACCUGGAGGAGGACCUGGCGCACCUGCCCAGCCAGUCCAAGGCUCUGGCCCAGCUAGCAGACGUCUCGCUGGUGCUUGGCAGCCGCAGGCUGCCCCUACACACAGCGGUGCUGGCCACGAACAGCAGGGUGCUGUGCAAGGCCACCUGCAGCACAGGCGGCUUGACCCCCGAGGCGCCCAGCGUCGCGUUCUCGCUGCCGCCCGACACCGACCCGGCUGUCGCUGUGGAGGCCUCCCGCCUGUUCCUGCGCAUCAUCUACCAGUCUGGUUCGGCUGAGGUCGAGGCUGGGCUGGACAGGGUGGAUCGGCCGCAAGGUCUCAAGGCCAUGCAGGCGCUGCUGCGGCUGGCUGCCAAGCUGGACUCGUCCACGGUUGUCAAGGUGGGCGGAUUUUUAACUCCAGAUAUACGCAACUGCGAUGAGCCAAUGUGCCUGUUAAUGCUGUGA